UGGCCGUCGUGUCUCGCAUGCGCCGUCGUUGACCGUGCAAGGGAGCGAGCAGGGGUGGCAUGAAGUGGUAUUUGCUCUUCCUGCAUGAACAGGUACUGCUGGGAUGUGCGUUCUUCGCAGACCCUUCCCAGCCAACACUUUCGAUCCUGCAUGCGAUAUACGUCUUACAAACUCUGCUGGGUGAUGGGGUAGUGAUCUAUCGCUGCUACGUUGUGUGGCAAUCAAUCUUGGUCAUUAUCCUACCCAGCAUGUUGUGGUGCAGCGUUGCAGUGACCGGUAGUGGUGUGAUCUACAGCUAUUCGCAAGUCACAAAUGGCUCCGGAGACUUCUUCGCCAACGUGUUUGGCCAGCCUACACAAUGGGUUACGGCAUUCUUCGCUUCGACCAUGGCAACGAAUCUGUUGAGUUCAGGUGAGCACACGAAAUGAGGACUCCCAAAACUUCCCCUGCGCAGUUACUGCAUGGAAAGAUUAUGUUGGCGGAUAUCGCUGUGAAUCAUGGUAUCGGCCCAUCACGAGAUCUAUAGUAACGUUGAAACCUGGUGUGUGAGAAGGGAAUGGUUUUAUUUUAAUAUACUGGGUAUCAUGAUGGUCAUGGUCACAGGACCAGGUCACUAGUAUAUGCUAGGAAGUUCGUUUCAUUGGCUGAGCCUUUUUGUACUACAUAGUAGACAGUAUUUA